AUGGCCGCAAGAAACGUUGGAUCUCCUUACUGGCAUCAAAGAUCAAACGAUGUAAGUUUUUUCCGGAUUUAUACUACAAAUCAGUACGUAUCUUUGGCAGGUUUUACUGGUCAAAUCCAUCCGAGCACUGGAGUAAAAGCUGUACUAAGGAUCUUGGGGAUCCUUUCAAGCCUCUCAGACAUUGAAAACGUCACAUACAUGAAUUUCCAGCUCGCAAACACUUCAAACUGGAACACUUGUCCGAUGAUUAGCGAAAGAUUAGACAUUUGGCCUAAAGCGAAAUAAAAGACUGUUCAAGAGCAUACGUUCAUGUUUUUAAUGGAUUAUUUAUAUUUGACGUGUUGAGCUAGCGUCAAUUAAUCUUACAGUACGUUCCACAUCCUUCGGUUUUCCCUGUUCCCGUAGGAGUCGAGUUUCAUUUACUGAAUAAUCCUCGCUUUUUACCAACAAUUUGGUGGUAGUUCCAACGGUUAGAGUUUUUAUAAAAUACUUGCGCAGCUCCUUUACUGGAGCUUGAAAGUCAUUGGUUUACUUCACGGAAUGCCUUCUACUUGAAACACAGUUUUGAUAGAAUUUAUGGCAUUUUCUCGUCGGUAGCAUCUGUAAAACCUUGAGAUGCAACAAAACUAUUAUUGUCAUCAAAUUUUGCUGCAGUCUCAUUCUUAACACUGCAUCAAAUUCACACAAAAAACGUCGUGUGAAAAAGCCUCUUCUCGCUUUGAAUCUGAUUCUUACUGUUUCCCCUUUGUCUCAACAACGUCUCCAUCGAUAACUAAAGGGACUGGAAACUUGUAUUAAAAAAUAUCGCCCAUUAAGAACGCUGGUUCAAGAGCCAUUAUGGCUCUUGGCUGGUUAUAAUAAGGUCGUUAACAUCGUCGUAGUCAUUAUCAUCAUCGUCAACGUCAUCAACAUCGUCAUGAUCAUCAUUUAUCAUCAUUAUCAUGAUCCUCAUCAUUAACAUUGUUCUAAGGAUAAAAACAACUUGGCUUAUUAAGUGACAACUGAACUAAUCUUUUACUCCUGACGUCCACGGUUAAAUUUUAAAUCCGGUAAAAUGACGCAAACCAGAAGCACAAGCGUUUAAUUAGAUCACUUCGAAACUGCUGACCCGACGCAAAAUCAAUCUUUCGUAGAGGUUGAAUUCCCUCUGACAAGAGAUUAUGUGAAAAGAGAUUAGUUUGUGUACAUUAAUUCCACUUAUCCACAGUCCUUGAAACAAUUAAGCCGCCCAAGAAGAGCAUGUUUGUGUCCUUGAGGUGAGUGGGAGACAGGGAGACUUACGACACCCUUCAGCAUUAUCCUGAUAAACUAGAAUUUUGUAGAUCUUUUUAAGGACCGAACUGAUACCACUUCUAGUCACCAAAGCUUAAGAAGAGCAACAGCUGAGAGAGGGGCUGUUUGUUGAUGACAUUUAUGACUUCACUGCCGGGAGGGGGGGAGGGGGGUACUUCCUUAUAUGAGGCUACUAGGGAUGUGCCGCUGGAUGGGGCCGCAUUUUCACGGCCAGAUUGUCUAGAAUGAGGUCGCACAUUUUCGGAUUUUUGGGGGUAAGACAGUUAUUCAUAUUUACGUUUAGCAAACGUACCAGAAUGUUUGUACUGUAGAUGAAAUGUAAAGUGUUCUUCAUUCAAUCUAAAAAAUGGGUUUAGAUCGCAAAAGUUACACAUUAAGAUGGCGUCUAUAAUUCGCCACAGAAUAGACUAUAAUCGGGGUAGGGGCUCUGAGAGGCCAGCGGCACAUACCCAGCAAAAAUUAAAGUACCCCCCCCCCCCGGGUUUCACUGCCCAGUUUACGUCAAAGCAAACAACGACAUUCGGUAAUAUUCAUGUUUCGAGAACAAAAUGAUCAACCAAAUAUGUCGUUGAACACAUUUAAAGUGGUUCAGUAAUGAGCCACAAUACUCGAACUUCCUGCUUUCGAAAUCCAUUAACAGGUUAAACAUGAACGUAUAUAUUUGCUUCCCUCAUUUUGGCUCGCCAUUGUCACGGAAAUUUUGGGUCGAAGGUGACCGGUUCAGUUUCUUCUAACGUGAGGACAGGUGAGUUGUGCAAUAUAAAUUAUGUAUACAGGGCUUGUCACUAGACUGUUCAGGAAAAGUAGCGAUAUAUAACAGUUAAAACCAAAAGUGUGAACGUUUAUUAUUUUUUUCUCUUCUCCUCCAUCCCAUUCCCUCAUGCACUGUCCUCUCAUUCCUUUUUCUUUUCUUUUCUUACUCGUGCAUAAUUCUCAAGCUUGAUGGACCCCAAAAAUGUUGCCUUUCGGAUUCAGGUUCGUGAUUUUUAGUAACUGAAAGUUGCAAAAUUGAGUGAGAUAUUUCCAAAGUAUUGGAUGGUUCAUAAUGUUACCUAGCCCGUUUUCUGUUGGAAACGGCUUUUCGGAGCUGUCGGAUUAAAUUGAAGUGAAAUUGUGCUGUUACCUUAGUAAGGGCCGGGGUAAAACACCACAAUCAUGCUGUUUCCCCCCCCUCCCUCCCAAGGGAAAAAGAAUUUUCCGAAAAGUAAAACAAGAUCAGUGACACAUAACUUGAAAGGACCACCUUUAUAAAAUUUAGAUUUCACUUUUCAUGCCCACUGUCAGAUAUGGCAAGGAAGACCGGGUUCGUAUCAAUCAGAAGUAAAAUGAAGUCAUGUUUUUCUUUCCUCAGAACUCCGCAAUGAAGAAAAUCUCAAUGUUUGCCUCUUUCUCUAUGAUGCUGUUGUCUUUAGCUCAGAACGUGAUGUCGAAGGAAGAGUGUUACAUAAAAACCAAUGGCUGCAGUGUCCCUGGAGGGCUUCCGUUCUUCUACAAGACGACGUUCACCCCUGCUUGCGUCAAGCACGAUGUUUGCUACUCCUGUGUAAGAAUUCAAAAAUCAGUCAUUGCCCAUCAAACUACGUACACAACCCGUUCACACAAAUGUUUUUUAUACGUUUCCUUGUUUUUAUCGCGUAUGCAAAUUGGACUUAUAGAGGUAGAUAUAAAGACAUUGGUUGUUUACCAUUUACGAGAAGUGUUCGGAAAAUCAAAAAAUACAGCUUACUCAGGCCACUUAAGGCAUGACUACCUAAUUAAAUAUGCAUAUUUUAGUAAAUGCUAUUUAGAACGGUUUGCUUCCAUCAGUGCUCCUGAAAAGUGAACUGCAAAUGUGGCUCAACGGCUCAACGAAAAAAACACGUGAAACGUGAUUUCAAAUAACACGUGACAUCGCUUCGUCAAUGACGUCACAAAACACGUUUUCCUAAACGGGGAAGGAUUGCAAACCUUAAUCUUUGGAAUUUUCACUACGAAAAUGUUACAUAAACAGUGUAAAUCGUAAAUUCGCCUUGUAUGAUUUUUUAUCCUAUUAGCUAUUUAACUAAUUAAUAAGUCAUGUGAUCCUUUUCCCUUUAUUUACCGAUUCCUAUACAAUGUAAACACACAUACAAGGCGAAUUUAUAAGAACCUUUUUAAUAGCCUCUGAAAUGUACCUAAAAGAACUUGUUGCUCUUUCAUUAUCCUUUCCUCAUUUUAGAGUAAAUAUUUUGACCGUUAAUUCUCAAUUAUCAGUCAGCUGACGAAAAUUUGAGCUUCUAAAAUGCACUCAUAUUUUUAAGGCCAUUGAGCUACAUUUGUAGUUCAAUUUUCAGGAUCACUGAUAGAAGCAAACCGUUUUAAAUAGCAUUAUAUCAAAAUAUGCAUAUUUAUUUAAUUAGAUAGUCAUGCCUUAUUGAAAAUACUAGCGAGUAUUUAUCUGCUUGAAUCUUUUACCUGAAUUCUCAUACAAAUCCUUUAUUUUCACGGCCAUUUUAAGGGUUACGCACGCCAGUAUGAAACCACAUGUAUUAAUUGAUGAUUAAACUCUCAUAGUGAGAUUGGGCUGCUCUGACUGAAAAGGCUUCCUCAUGUAACGCUUACCAGGGUGGCUUUUAAAUGGCUCCGUCCACAUGAACCUGGUGGUUUCAAAAAUGUUUGUGUGGACAUGCGGCCUCAGUCUACUUUUAGCAGGUUCUUCCAUAUUUAUGACACCUAAACGAUCGCUACGAGCCAAAAAGCUAAGAUCAGCAAUUACGACGAUUUUACUGUACUGAACUCCUCCACCUUGAUCAUAAUGGUCGAACAGUGAUCGUUCUUAUAGAAAGGCUGUUUUUCAUUCAACCUAGUCAAACUGCCAUUAAUUUCACGAUCAUAUCGGCAGCUAUCUUUCUUGGGCGAUUUUAGAGCAACCAUGAUUUAUUUGCCGUGACUGAACAUGUCCUCUUUUAAAAUCAUGUCCACACAGGGUCAGCGCUUUGGUUGGAACCGAUCUGGUUGUGACAAUACUUUCAAACAGGAUAUGUACAGGCUAUGCGAGAAACAGUUCAGCCGUUUGAUUUCCUGGCCAACAAAGUACGAACGAUGUAAGUUUUUUGCGGAUUUGUAUUACAAGGCAGUACGUACAGCGGGUUCGUUGUACUGGUCAAAUCCAUCCGAAGGCUGGUGCAAAAACGUUUGUACUGAGGCUCUUGGAGAUCCUUCCAAGCCUCUGGACGUUAAGAUGACACCGAAAAUGACAAAUAUAUCAGUUAACAGCUCUCACCCACACGUCAAACUGGAAAUCUUGGUCGAGAAUUAA